UUUGCCCCUGUUCGCACCUUGUAUGACGUCAUUCCUCCAUGACAGAAAGAAAAUCAUGAAAACUCAGUGAAUAAAGUGGUAUUUUGACAUGUUUGAUUUUUGAUCGAGAAAUGACUUCUAUGGAAAGCAAAAUGGAAACUUGUUCAUCAUCCGAUGAACGUCUUGAUCUUAAAAAGAUUGACACGCUCAGCAUGUUGAAGUCUAUCAACCCAGGAAGCACAGAGGAGAGCCUGUCCCCCCAGUACCUUAAGGAGAAAGACGCUUGUGUGAAGCUGUUUGAUGCAUGGACCGAACAUGACCAAGUGGCCUUUGUAGAGCACCUGCUCUCCAAGAUGUGCCACUAUCAGCAUGGGCAGAUCAACUCUUACCUGAAACCUAUGCUGCAGAGAGACUUUAUCUCUGCGCUGCCCGCCAAAGGUUUAGACCAUGUAGCAGAGACCAUUCUGUCUUACCUGGAUGCCAAGUCCCUGUGUUCAGCUGAGCUGGUGUGUAAGGAGUGGUACCGGGUGAUCUCUGAUGGCAUGCUGUGGAAGAAACUCAUGGAACGUAUGACCUUCACAGACAACCUGUGGAGGGGCCUGGCUGACCGCAGGGGCUGGGGCCAGUAUUUGUUCAAACCACGGCCAGGAGAACCUCCAAAAGAUCACAAGUUCUACCGAAAUCUUUACCCACAAAUAAUAAAGGACAUAGAUAGAAUAGAAACCAAUUGGCGGACAGGUCGCCACACUUUACAGCGUAUACACUGUAGAAGUGAGACGAGCAAGGGGGUAUACUGCCUGCAGUAUGACGAAACUAGAAUAGUUAGCGGGCUGAGAGAUAACACUAUAAAGAUCUGGGACCGGAACACUCUGGAGUGUGUGCAGGUGCUCACGGGCCACACAGGCUCAGUGCUGUGUCUGCAGUACGACAACAACAUCAUCAUAUCGGGCUCCAGUGACUCCACUGUCCGCGUGUGGGACGUACGUACGGGGGAGAUGGUCAACACCCUCAUACACCACUGUGAGGCAGUCCUACAUCUGCGCUUCUGUGAUGGCAUCAUGGUCACAUGUUCAAAGGACCGUUCUAUAGCAGUAUGGGACAUGCAGUCGCCCUCAGACAUCAACCUACGACGUGUACUAGUGGGCCACAGGGCUGCUGUCAAUGUUGUAGACUUUGAUGACAAGUACAUAGUGUCUGCCUCAGGAGAUAGGACUAUCAAAGUAUGGAGUACAACGUCAUGUGAAUUUGUGCGGACAUUAAAUGGACAUAAACGUGGCAUUGCUUGCCUACAAUAUCGUGACCGCCUUGUGGUGAGUGGAAGUUCAGACAACACGAUACGUCUGUGGGACAUAGAGUGUGGGGCGUGCCUGCGUGUGCUAGAGGGUCACGAGGAACUGGUGCGGUGUAUACGCUUUGAUAACCGCAGGAUCGUCAGUGGAGCAUAUGAUGGGAAGAUCAAGGUGUGGGAUCUGGCUGCAGCCCUGGACCCCAGAGCCCCUUCAGGAACCCUGUGUAUCAAGACCCUUGUGCAGGAACAUUCGGGCCGCGUGUUCCGGCUUCAGUUUGACGAGUUCCAGAUCGUCUCAAGUUCCCAUGACGACACCAUCCUGCUGUGGGACUUUCUCAAUGUGCCAGCCACCGACACGCCCGGCCGCUCCCCCUCACGAGCAUCAUACAAUUAAUCAAGUCCAGACAGUUUCUGCUCGUUGAAAGAAGAAAUGGAAGAAAGUGCAAAAUUUAAUUUAAAUGUGCACAAGACAGACUGAAAAUGGAAGCUUAAACAAAACUAAGUGCAAAACUGAAGUUAAAUGUACUAGAAAAGAAAAUAGGAACCAUCUAGGGUAGAAGCUGUGUGUUUGAAGAAUUUUGUGUUAUAAGCAGCUGAUCUUUUGAGGAUGGACAGGUAGCCAGAUGUUGUGUGUGCAUGGUUGCUAUGGAGACAUGCUUGGUUGCUACGGAAACAAUGUAUUAACAUGCUUUACUGAGCUGUUGCAGCCCACACAUACAGCCCAGUGGAUUACCUUUAGUACAAAUGAUCCAGUGAUCAUUUAAUGCCAUGAGAACAUGGACAGUUGGAAGUGUGUGCAUGAUGUAUUGCUGCACAGCAGGGCGUAAAAGCAGGGAAUGUAUGAGACAUUCUUGCAUCGCAGGGUGUUACAACAGGGCUUGAAGACUAACAGCUUCAUCUUUGUUAUUUUGUAAACGUUGGUUUUUGAAUCACAUGCACCAUUUCAAAAGUUGUGUACAUUUGCUAUUUGCUUAAUUUAUGUAUCUAUCCAAGGAAAUUCAUUUUGUCAAUUAUGUGAUAAUUUAAUUUGAAUAUGUUGCAUGUUUUUUAUUUCUUGUUGUUCUUUACAUUCUCACUUGAGAAUUGAUUUUGCUGUUAGUAGUUGAUCAUAGUUUAAUUGUACCUCCCUAGUAAUUAGUGCAUUUAUGUCAUGUAAUGAGAAAUGCACUGACUCAUUUACUUCAUAGUUUAAUUGAAAAUCUCACUGUUUGUUUUUGUCCAGCUGUGAUGAACUUGAUUAAGGAAAAUAUCCCAAUAAGCCUCAUUCUGGAAAAACAGGACUUAAUGCAUGUGAGAGCACUUUCCUGCCUAGACUGGAUGUUCUAAUAAAGUCAUGUGAGAGCACUUUCCUGCCUAGACUGGCUGUUCUAAUAAAGUCAUGUGAGAGCACUUUCCUGCCUAGACUGGAUGUUCUAAUAAAGCCAUGUGAGAGCACUUUCCUGCCUAGACUGGAUGUUCUAAUAAAGCCCAGUUAUCCCAGAUUGAGGCUCCAAUAUGCUUUGCUGCAGUGGCACAAGUGUAUGUACAUUGCAUAAAAAUAGUAAAGGUGAAUCUUUCGGAAGUUUCCUCCAUGCUAAAGCAUGCUUUACGGAUGAAGACCCUUGUCACACAUUCCACUUGCAGUGUUAGGAGAGCAGUUUUGUAAACCCCCCACUCCUGAUCAGACUCAAAUAGACAGUUGUUCAGAGAAUAUUCUGGUGCAAUCAAUUGUUAUCUAAGUCAAUGUGAACCUACUUCUGGGAAAAUUUGGCUUAAUGCAUUUGUGUAGUUUCGUCCCAGAUAAGCCGGUCCUGUCUGCAAGGCUAAUCAGGGACAACACUUCUAUUGUAUUUUUCAUUUAAAGGAAAUCUCUUCUAAGCAAAAUUCUAGUUAAGACGGAAAGUGUCGUCCAUAAUUAUCCUGUGUGAACUGCACAGGCUAAUCUGGAAUGACUUUUUACGCACAUGCAUUAAGCCCAGUUUUCCCAAAAUAAGGCUCAUAAGCGGAUGCACUUGGUUGUUAUCUUUGUUUAAUUGGUCCAGUAAACAAAUUAGAAUACUUUCAAAUAAAAGUUUUGUUUUCUUUCAAGUAUUUAAGAAAUCUGUUGAAGUUACCUUGUUGGUAUCCAUGCGUAUUUCUUUUCAAUUGUGUUUUUGUAAGUAUCAUUGAUGUGAAUGCUUUGAAACCAUUGGUUAUCUUUAAGUAACAAUACGAUUUGCAGAGAUAAGUUGUCAAAAAUAAGUUAGGUUUUCACCAGUAUACAUGUAACUGUCAAUUGUUCGAGAGCUUUUCAUACUAGUCGGGCUGUAUUAUGCCUCGUAGCAAUUAGAAGUACCUAUAUUGAGGAUAUGUCGUGCAUAGUGGUAUGAGCUGUGGUCAGAAAACUGGGCUUAAUGCAUCGCCUAAAGUGUUAUUCCAGAUUAGGCAUAUCAGGGACGAUACACUUCACUUUUUUGGAUUUUUUUUGUUAAAAAGAAGUCUUCUAAAUGAAAAUGUGGUGUCGUCGAAAAGUGUCGUCCACACUGGCUUAUCUGAGAUGACGCUACGCUCAUGCAUUAAGCCCAGUUUUCCCAGAAUGAGGCUUGUAUUUUAAGGCAGGAAGUUUCAGCUCCUCUGUUAUUUGUUCAUACCUUUUUUGGUAGUGUGGUCUUCAUUUUGCCUGAAUUUACAGAACGCUGGUGCCGAAUUUAUAAUUGGCUCUUGCGAUGCUUCAAAUUUCUCUGUGGUGUUCAUCAGUUGAGUGUGAGCCAUUGUUAGAUUUUCUGAAAUUGUUUCAGUUACAGAAUAACCUGUCAUUUUCACAUUUCUUAGGACUUGCAUGCAAAUGUUCCCAUUUGAUGCAAUACAUGCAAUGGAUCUACAUUGUUGUGAUGUUACAAAUUACUGUUUCUGUGCAUAUAACAAGUUUCUGAUACAAAAAAGUAAACAAUUUCAUUACAGUAUUAAACGCCUUUGUUCACAAUUCUUAGUAGUGUACGCAUAAAAUGUAAUUGCUGUUUUGAGUUUACAGUACUAGUUCACCAAUUCAUUAGUUUUAUGAUACAUUUUAACAUGGCUUAUUUGAUCUUCAGUUUCAUAAUAUUUUUGUUAAUAUGCCCAUAAUUUUUCAACUAAGGUAUAUACUACAACGCUUCAUUUUCAUAUUUCAAAUACCUUGUAGUCUUGCACUGAUUGCUAUGGUUACCCUGGUUUCUUUGGUUACCCUGGUUGCUAUGGUUGCCCUUGUUUCUAGGUCACCUUGGUUGCUAUGAUUAACCUGGUUGCUAUGGGUACCCUGGUCGCUUAGGGGUAUCCUGGUUGAUAUGGUUAUCUUGGUAGAUAUAGUUAGUCUGGUUGUUAUGGUUAUCCUGGUUGCUAUGGUGACCUUGGUUGCUAUGGUUGCUAUAUUUUCUAAUAAUUAUUGUACAAAAAAAUGAUUUGCAUUCACGCCAAUGUUGCAAGUUUGCUAGAAUGUUUACUAAAAGUAAUUCUGGUCUGUAUGUACAUGAAGUGUUCUAAACAGUUCUUUAUCAACCCCAUUUAUUAAUAAUUAAGACUGUUUGUAUGGACAUAUAUUUGUGCAUUGCCCAUUUGAGCGACUUCAUUCAACAGAAGAAUCAACAUAGAGUGUGUGAGGUUGAGAUGUAAUAAUAAGAUCUCUUUCCACGCUUCAAGUCCCGCAUUAUUGAUAUAUUUUUCAAAUAGGGUAAAUUGUAAAAUGCUAAUUAACUCAAAUAGUUAUGUAAAUCUCAUAGCUGAUUACGCUACAUAAAAUAAAUCUUUGUGUUUUUCAUUAUUCACAUUUGAGCUGCGCUUCGGCAGUCCACAAGGGCUAAUCAGGGACAACACUUAAUGCCUAAUUUGAUUGUUUGUUUGGAAGUGUUGUCCCUGAUAAGAAUAGCUUGUUCAAACUGCACAGGCUUAUCUGGGACGACAUUUUAAGCACGUGCAUAAAGCCCAGAUUUUUCCAGAGCGACGCUCGUUUAGAUUCAUCAUUGCCAUGAAUAUCUCUGUGAGUAUGCCUGCCAUUCAUGUGAUCAUUAAUUCAGCUCAGUGUUGUGUCCUACAGACUCUACAUUUAUUUAUUUUGUGCUGUAUAUAGCAAUUGUACAUUAAAAUGAUGUGUGUUUCUUUUCAAAUUAUCAUGUGCUUCACUUAUGAUGUUGAAAUAUAUAUAUAUAUUCAUGCUAUAAUUAAGUGCCACUUGUUGAAUUAUACUGAUCGAUAUGAAAUGAGAGCAUGUUAAUUUGUCACAUUAGUAUGUCAAAUUAUAAAUAUCUGUUAAACUGCUUUCAACAUUUUAACAAAGUAGCAAAUUCAUUUUGUAUUUGAAGAUUUGCCUUCAUUGUAUGGCUAACUUGCUAUUUUAUCAAAGUGGCAUGUUAUUUCUCUCAAUAAAUCUUGUCUUUUCA